AUGCAUGGUUUGUGCGUCCUCGGUUCUCUCCUCACGUCUGAGCUAGCUGAGAUAAGGAUCGCAGUGAUCGCAACGCUUGGCAGGCCAAGGCUGCAAUUGUUGCAGGGACAAGAAAGGCAUAAAAAGGCCCUGCUAAUCAACCCUAGAGGGUUGUAUAUCUUGCACCAUAUAUACCUCCACUUCUGCCCCUUGGGACCGUUUGACCCAGCGCCCAUACCGCCGUCUAAGGGCAAACCACGAUUCGGCCACCAUCUCCCGUCCUUCUACCGAGUCAUACCAAUGACUGUACACCCGAGGCAGGCUCCCCUACAACCCUCUCAAUCCAACAUCGGCCCGCGUGCUUAA